AUGACAGCCCACAGUGCCAGUAUGGGAGAGCAGCCCAUCUUUUCGACGAAGGCUCACGUGUUUCACAUUGACCCAAAAACCAAGAGAUCAUGGAUUCCAGCCUCCAGCCACGCCGUCACAGUGUCGUUCUUUUACGACGCCUCGAGAAGUCUGUACCGAAUCAUAUCAGUUGAAGGCUCGAAGCCGGUGAUCAACUCCAGUAUCGCCCCAUCGAUGACUUUCACAAAAACGUCACAAAAGUUCGGUCAGUGGUCUGACAUACGGGCGAACACGGUCUACGGACUCGGCUUCCAGACCGAGGCAGAUCUCAAUCUGUUCAUCGAGAAAUUCCAAGAGGUCAAAGAUAAGACGCGCUUCGUCCAACAAAAACAAAAUGGAAACUCUUCUAAUUCCCCAAGCUCAACCCUCGUGCGAGGGGGUAGCGGGAACGCUAAUAGUCAGGCGGCGGCAGCUGCUGCCGCAGCGGCCGCCCAAGCAGCUUCUGGUGGCCAUCAGACGCAAGCCGCGUCUGCCGCUGCUGCGGUAGCUGUUCUCGAACCGGCCAACGAAGACAGUCCGAAACACAAACCGGUCAGCCAAUUGCCCCAAUCAACGGUGGAGGCGCAGCUUCGCUACGAAAACGAUAGGCUCAAACUCGCUCUGGCACAGAGCUCUGCCAACGCAAAGAAGUGGGAAAUUGAACUGCAGACGCUCAAGAACAAUAAUGCGCGGCUAACCUGUGCUCUUCAAGAGAGUACAGCCAACGUCGAAGAAUGGAAACGUCAAUUGCAGUCGCUCAAAGAUGAUAACACUAAAUUGCGCUGCCGAGUUCUCGAAUACGAAGCCUCUCACGGCAAUCAGGAAGCGGCGAGCGAGCUCGGGGCUGAACUCAGUCAGCUUCGUCAAAGGAACGAGUACUUGAACGCCGAGCUUGUUCAGAAGGAUAAGGAUUUGGAAAGUUUACGAUCGUCCCCGUCGGCACCAACGGAAAGAGUGAAGGCGAUGUUAGCGGAGAACGAUACGUUACGAAUGUCGGUUUCUCGUCUUCAAGAGCAGCUCGAGUCAGUGAGAAUUUCGGGCAGUAAGCAGCCUGCCCUUGAGCAACUAAGCAAUCGACUGGGGGUGCAGAUCGCCGAACUCAGGGAAUUGCAUGUCGAGUUAACAUCUCUACUCUUGGUCCCCCCCUCACAAUCCCACGGCCAGCCCACCUGA